AGCUGCGAGUGCGAGCUGUGAAGAAUCUGUUUUGAGAGGCGCACCGCGCACGUAGCUUUUCGUGUCGCUCGCUCGUGGGGAUUGCCGAUAUUCGUCAUCCUUGGCAACGAGUGCGGGUUCGCUGACGAGUGUCGAAUCGCGAGUGUCGCCGUUGCUGUCGCUGCGCUACGCGGGUCGCAGUAACGUCUGUCUCCUUUGGACUCACGUCCCUUUUUAUCUUACUAAUGAAUUGCUAAAGGGACGGACAACGAGCCGCAAGUGCCUCCAAAGCAACUGCGUACAUUCUAACGGAUUAAUUGGCGAUUGAAUGAAAUUAUGCCUCUGUUCGGGAAAUCCCAAAAAAGCCCAGCGGAGGUGGUGAAGGCUUUAAAAGAAGCAGUUAGUGCAUUGGAGCGAGGUGAUAAGAAAGUGGAAAAAGCGCAAGAGGAUGUUAGUAAAAAUUUGGUGCAUAUUAAAAAUAUGCUGUAUGGAACUGCAGAGUCGGAACCACAAGCCGAUAUCGUUGUAGCCCAAUUAGCGCAAGAAUUAUACAACAGUAAUCUUUUACUCCUUCUUGUUCAAAAUCUCAGUCGGAUAGAUUUCGAGGGUAAGAAAGACGUUGCCCAGGUAUUCAAUAAUAUAUUAAGAAGACAAAUUGGUACGAGAUCUCCUACUGUCGAAUAUAUUUGUACUAAACCAGAAAUUUUGUUUACCCUUAUGUCAGGAUACGAGCAUCAAGAUAUCGCUUUAAAUUGUGGCACCAUGUUAAGAGAGUGCGCUCGAUACGAAGCAUUAGCCAAAAUUAUGAUUUAUUCGGAUGAUUUUUAUAACUUUUUCAGAUAUGUUGAAGUUUCAACGUUUGAUAUUGCUUCGGAUGCCUUCUCUACAUUUAAGGAACUUCUCACAAGGCAUAAAAUUUUAAGCGCUGAAUUUUUAGAAGUUAAUUACGAUAAAGUUUUUUCACACUAUCAGAGGUUACUAAAUUCAGAGAAUUAUGUUACACGUAGGCAAAGUUUAAAAUUAUUAGGAGAACUUUUAUUAGAUCGACACAACUUUACCGUUAUGACGCGAUACAUUUCUAAUCCGGAUAAUUUAAAAUUAAUGAUGAAUAUGCUUAAAGAGAAGUCUCGCAAUAUACAAUUUGAGGCCUUCCAUGUUUUUAAGGUAUUUGUUGCUAAUCCAAAUAAACCUAAGCCAAUUCUGGACAUAUUACUACGCAAUCAAGAAAAACUGAUAGAGUUCCUUACACGCUUCCACACAGAUCGCUCCGAAGACGAACAAUUUAAUGAUGAAAAAGCUUACUUGAUUAAACAAAUCAAGGAGCUUAAAUCUGUACAUGAGAAUUAAAUUGGUACUUUUUUACACUGUUUUCCAGUAGUUGUGUAAAUAAAAUUUACAUUCACGAUUUA